GCGACAGACUUGUCAUAGUACACUGAAUCAACUCCCCAUGGACUAACCUAAUCUAGUAACACAGACCUUGUACAAUUGACAAGAUUCAGAGAUUUUUCUUGUUAAAAAUAUCCUGGUGUCCUACAAGACUUUCAUUUGAAUCUGAAAACCUUUUUGUAAGAUGGCAUAACAUAUCUACAAAACAACUUUAAAGAAAGAUUCCAUUUACACAUCAGUGUAUAACUAGUUACCAUGGCAACCAUUGAAAAACUCAUAAAAUCCUUUGAGGGCUUGAAGGUGUUUCAGCCUAAUGCUCAAGCUGCAGAAGAUCCAAAGAAAAAGGAGCAAAAUCUACCAACUAAGAAAGAUAAGAUGCUUCAUUGCAAUGUUAUAGCAGAUUGUAUGUGUUCUCAAAACAUGAGGACCAUUGCAGAUUUUCCUAAAUUUCUUGGAAUAGCAAUGGAAACUUUUCUUACUCUUUGUGACGAUACAGAGGCAGAUGUUCGCAUGGUUGCAGAUGAAUGCUUAAACAGAACAAUAAAAGUUCUUCUAGAAACAAAUCUAGGUAGACUGCAAGUGGAGUUGUACAAAGAACUUAAGAAGAAUGGCCCAUCACGAAGUCUUAGAGCAGCUCUUUGGAGGUUUGCAGACAUGUGUCACCUUAUCAGACCUCAGAAAUGCAGACCUUACAUUGUAAACCUGCUACCUUGUGUUGCUCGCAUUUGUCGAAGAGAAGAAGAAGCCGUGCAAGAAACUUUAUCAGCAGCCAUGCCAAAAAUUUGCUCAGCACUCAUGCCAUUUGCUAAUGACACUGAAGUGAAGGCUUUGUUGAAGGCAUUCCUACCAAAUCUCAAGUCCAGCUCAGCAGUGUGCAGAAGGAUGUCUGCCAGUAGCUUAGCCUUGAUCUGUCAGCAUUCCCGAGCACCUCUGUCAUUCUUCAACUAUCUCAUAGGGGUGCUGCUAGAAAUGAUUUUACCUGUGGAUAUUGAUCAUGAUGUACCUACACUUCUUGGAGUAAUCCUCUGCAUACGACAUUCCGUACCCCACCUGGUGCCACCCAGCAGCAAAGACCAGGGACUAAAAGACAGUUUUGGAUACAGGGAAUCAGAGGCCGAACAAGCUAUAGGGGAGGAACAGAUGGUCAAGAUUUUGCAAGCCUUGCUUCACUAUUCAGGUCACACAGAUCACAAUGUUGUCACUGCUACCUUGGAGUCCCUACAGCAACUGUUGAGGACACCCCCACCUAUCCUAAGAAAGCUUCUCCUCACCAGGGGCAGUAUUUCUAAGACUUUGAUAUUCACUCACGACUUUGAAGAAGAUGACAAAGCUAGAAUAGAAAGUGUGUUGGACUUGCCAUCAGUCGCAGACGAUGCUAGUUUAGAUGAAGAUGCAGACGCUACUGAUGGGGGUGGACAAACUGCAGCUUCUAAAAGACCACUGUCUGCGAAUCUGAUUCCUGGUUUUGAUGCCAAGCUCAUAAACCAGCCUAAGCUUGAUUCAGGUGUGGAGGAAGUUAGACAAGUUGCAGAAAGUGAAAUCAUUAUGACAGAUGGAACAGAAUAUUCUGGAAUAGAGAUAGGAGAUUUGAAUGAGGAGACAUCAGAAACUUCAGGUAUGACCCACAGUGAAAGCAUUGAGACACUGCAGAGUGUCCGCAGUAUCAGUCCUCACACAGUCUACCCCCCUUCGAUACAGUUGGUCGGGCAUGACAUGAACGGCAACCCACAAAUAAUUGUCUACCCUGGAGAUGAAGUGGGGCCACCACCCAGUCCUAGCAUUGCAUCAUCUGAACCUAUACAAUUGACCCCAUUGGAACAAGAGUCUCUGAAUGAAGACGAGGUUCCUCUUCUGUUUUACCUGCGUCUGCUCUGUAAGCGAUUCCUCCUAACUGGGGUAACAGAUGGAUUAGUCACAGACAAACAAGUUCGAGUCAGUCUUAAAUCACUGGCACUUGGAUGUAUAUCUUGUAGCUUGGCCAUCUGUCCUCGGCUCUUUCUCUUCAAGCUCUGCCCAGCUGCUUGCGGUGGAGGUAAUGACCAAAACCUUCAGGACAUCACCCUGUACGCCAACCACCCUGAUCACCAACUCAAGGGCCAGACUGCCAUUGUCAUUGGCAGCUUUAUCAGAGCUGCUUUAGUAGAGGGCAGGGGAGACUACCACCAAUGGAUCAUCAGUCAUUUACCUGCAGAACAAAAUGUCCUGUCUCUGGAGGCCCUGCUGAAAAUCAUUGUGAACAUUCUGGAGGAUGAAUCAGCUGUUGCCAUCCGCGCAGCUUUGGUGGCCCUACAGAUGUGCUUGAGUCAGCUGAUGGACAGCUGUCAUGGACGUCUCGGGCUUAGGGUGCUGCUAGAUCUACUGAUUGUUAAAUCUAAUCCUUACUGGCUAGUUAAGGUCGAGUUGUUGGAGUUGAUAGCUGAAUUAAACUUUAAAGUAAUUUCUUACCUUGAAUCCAUAUCUCAAGAUAUUGCCAGAGGAGAUCACAAUUUUCUAGGAAGGGUGUGUCUCCAAGAACAUAUUUUCCAGGAAAUUGUUCUUCAACUUUUGGGUGAUGAGGAUACCAGAGUGAGAACUGCUGCUUCAGCCACCAUCAUAAGGAUGGUCCCGACCCUGUUUUUCCCAUCAGACAGUCCACAGCAGGACCCAGUGUUAAGUGUGGCAUCAGACCAGACCAAGGAGCUGUUGACCCCCAUCAUGAACCCCAUCAUGGCCGGCCAGCUGCCCCCGCUGGUACAGGGCCUCAUGAAACCUUAUGCCUUCGACAUCCUGGAGGACAUUGACCCCAGCACUGAAAGUGCCUUAUCUCGUGUUAUCCAGCAGCUUCUGCACACACUCUUGAUCACACAGUCUAAAUAUGUCACAAGUGGCUGUUGUCAAGCCCUGUGCCGUCUGUCCCAUGAAUAUCUAGUUACACAAUAUGCCUCGUCCUGGAGCUGUGGCCCAGCCAAGCCCAUAGCAGCUAAAGAAAAGGUGGAGAAGAUAGGGAUACGUAGACCUCCCAGUAGGUCACUUAGUGCAUCCAGCAUGGAUGAGCUGACCACAGCCAGUGGUGGAGGACCACUCCCUAUUGUUCUGUCCCUCAUGUUCUCCUCCUACGCUGGACUGGAACUCACAACCCACCAGGAUCUUCUGGAACUAGCUGGAAAUCUUGUUUGUGGAGCGGCCUACAAAAACCUUCGACCCAGUGAGGACUUGGACAAGGUGUCCAGCUCAGGGGAUGAUGGACACUGGGCAGCUGUGAUGGACAGGUUUCUGGUGCCCAUGAUAGAACAGCUGUUUACACACACUGCCAGGUUGUUGAAUGCCUGCACACAUGCAAUAGAAGAAACCAUCCCAGGCCCACCCCAGGUUAAAGCCUCCCUCCCAUCCCUGCCUAACGCAGCCACUCUCAGCCCUGUCAGACGCAAGAUGAAAGGAGACAAGGAGACAACUCCUGGUGCAGCUGGGGGCUCACCUGAACAGAAAACCAACCAGAAGCCAGCAGCUAAAGAUACAAAAGAGUCAGAGAAAGACAAGAGCAAGAAAGAUGGCAUUGGUUCCUUCUACAACAUUCCCCAGUACAUGAAGUUGUUUGAGGUCCUCAGAGGGUCAUACUCUAAUUUUAAGACGUCCCUUGACCUGACCAGCUCUGACAAGUUUUGUACAAUGCUACGGACGACCUUGACCGUCCUGUCUCAACUCCUGGAGAUUGCAACACUUUAUGAUGUUGGCAAGGUCACAGAGGAGAUUCUCAGCUACCUCAAGGUCACCAUGGCCCUAGAGCCCACCUGGACAGUGCUUUGUGUACAGCAGCUCCUGAAAGCCCUAUUUGGCACCAACCUGGCCAGCCAAUGGGACUCCAACAGCCAGUCAGCUGCCUCUCUGACCUCUGACCUGAAUGCCAGGAUCCCAGGGGGUUCAAGUCCUGGCCUGUACUACCACUGUGUCAACAAACCCUACGCCCAGCUGGCCAACUGUUUGGUGGGUGCCGCUUGUAGGGCUACCCUACCUGCUGAUGAAGCUCACAGCUCCCUGCUGUGGUUGAAGCAACGAGUUGACAGGAAGUUGCCAGCCAUUCUCAAACCCACAAGCAAAGUGGACAAGUCAGUUAUUGGGUCAUACAUUCGUCUGUUUGAACCUCUGGUCAUCAAAGCUCUGAAACAAUACACAGUGACCUCCAGCCUUGACCUACAGUGUCAGGUGUUGGCUCUACUGGCCCAGCUGAUCCAGCUCAGGGUCAACUACUGCCUGCUGGACUCUGACCAGAUCUUCAUUGGCUUUGUCAUCAGACAGUUUGAGUUCAUUGAGGAGGGUCAGAUCAGAAACUCUGAGGUGCUGAUCCCUCCCAUCUUCCAGUUCCUGGUGAUGUUGUCUUAUGAGAAAUUCCACAGCAAGUCAAUCAUAGACAUGCCCCGCAUCAUUCACAGGUGUGAUGGCAUCAUGGCCAGUGGUCUACAGCCUGCCACACAUGCAAUACCCGCCCUACGACCUGUGGUCUAUGACCUAUUUCUCCUAAGAGGGACAGUGAAAUCUGAAGUAGGCAAAGACCUGGAGACCCAGAGGGAAGUGGUAGUGUCCAUGUUGCUGAGACUGGUCCAUUACUACCAGGCGCUGGAUAUGUUUACACUGGUGCUGCAACAGUGCCACAGAGAGAGUGAAGAGAGAUGGAAAAGGUUGUCUCGUCAAGUCAUGGACGUUGUUCUACCUGCCCUGGCCAAGCAACAGAUAAACCUAGAGAACCAAGAUGCCUUAGAUGUCCUACACCGUCUCUUUGAAUCUGUUUCUCCAAGUGUGUUCAGGCCGGUGGAUUUCUUGCUGAAAACUUUACUGGCCCAGCCGCAUGACGUGAGUGACCUUCCCAGCCUACAGAAGUGGUUGUGUCUGGUGCUGAUUAUAAUCAGGGUCUUGAUCUCCCAGUCCAAAGAAGAGGUCAUCCUUUCAAGGUUGACUGAGCUGCAGCUUCAUGUGUGUCUGAUCAGAGAUGUGGAGAACAUGUCAGCAUCCAACUCUGUUGUGGAGCUGCUAAGGAAUCUGGCGCCAGAGGAGACAGUAGCCUGGUUUCUGCUGCAGGUGAUUGGCAAGUGCUCUGAGAUGUUGAACAGAGAAACAUCCUUGUUAGGAUCUAGUAACCCCAGCAGCUUCUCCAACUCUGGCUUGACUGGGACCUCCACCAACAGGUGCCACUUCCUGUUGCAGCUGACACUACAUCUUCUGCUCUACAUCACUCACAUGUUUCAGUCAGGUUUGUUCCGUAAGGUGGCCACAGCUGCCAUGCGACUGUUGCAGUUGGAGUCGCCUGCGUGCAUGUACAGUGUGGGGGAGAUCAACGAGCACAUGGUUGGUAUCAGCAACGUCUGCCCCGCCCUCACCCUCCACUGGUGCAACGUCCUCAUACUCAUCAACUUUGAUGACAGAAGCUUGUGGACGCGGGUGGUGCAAACCCCACCCACCUACAAAGCUGUAGGCCCCAGGGGUGAAUACGCCAUGAUCUCUGAAGACAUUGACACCAGCAGCAGCCCCGCUUCACAGUGUUGUCGUCUUGAAAUGUUGCGCAGAGGUGGACUCAUUCUGUUCUGUGAUUAUGUGUGUGAAAACUUGAGUGAUGCAGAACACAUGACGUGGCUGAUCAUCAACCAUGUCAGCGAUUUGAUUCUCUUGUCUCAGGAGUCACCAGUACAGGACUUCAUCAGUGCAAUCCAUCGGAACCCUGCGGCCAGUAGUUUGUUCAUCCAGGCUAUCCAUGCUCGAGGUGACAGCAUCACUAAGCCCUCCAUGGUAAAGAGAACAUUGAAAUGUCUGGACGCCAUUCACAUAUCACAAAGUGGGUCUCUGGUGGCGCUGUUGAUUGACAAGUUCCUGGGCUGCCACAGACUGGCCAUCACCAGGAUGACCGAUGCCAUUGUGUGUCAGAGGUUGGAGGCGCUUCUGGGAGAAACCACAGAGGAGAUAUCCAAGCAACUACCAAAGGAGGAUAUAGAGAAACUUGUACAGUUCAUGAAGUCCAAUGGAUUGAUACAAAGACACGAGCGUCUGACCUCUCUACUCAGCAAGUUGUGUACAGCCGCAGGUUCCACAGCACAGAUCAAACUGUCCCCUGAGAGAUCCCACCCCCUCUCCACUGUACCGUUGGAUGUUGCUCAAAUCAAUAUCAACAAGGAGUUCUACCUGUCAAUAGUAAAAGAGCAGUGCUUCAAGUCAAACCCCAACACGCGGGAGUGUGCAUUCCUGCUGCAGCGUCUGGAAUAUCCUGACAUUCUAUCAAUCACUAUGACCAAGGAAUUUAAUUUGUCCAUCCUUGAGGAGUGCAUGUCCCUGGGGGCGUUUCGCUCCAUGCUGCGCUACAACAGAGAUGUGGAGAUGGGUUCACUCAGUCCUCAGCCCCACCCUAACGAGCACGCCCUUGACCCCCUGUUCCAGGCCUCCCAGUUGACCCUGAUCAGACACAUCAACAACGUGGUGCUCCAGCUGCCCAUGCCACAUCAGUGUCUUGUCUUCUUGGAUUCAGCCCCAGCCUCCAGCCUACACUACAUGGACAGGAUAGAAGAACUCUUUACAGAUGCUCAGUGGGUGGACACCAACUUCUGCUUGGCGUCUGCUUUUGUGCGCUACAUGGUGGCCCUCAACCAGUUUCCAUGGAAAGGUGUUCUACCUGCAGACAGUCUGAAAGAUGUGGCCAGUUUUGUUGUACUUUGUGCUGAGCUGAUCCACUGGUCAGUGGAGCAUGACAUGCUGCCAGAAUCCGAGCAUAUCCAGAACUGUUUGUCCUGCCUGUCCUUGCUGCUGCAGGACCCCACGGUCCACGCGUUGAUGGGUCAGACGGACAAGGCCACCUGGGUCUGCAGCAUUGUGGGCUUUCUCUACCAGCUCUUGGCCUCAAUGGCUGUACUGCCAGGAGAACAUGUUGCCUGCUUGUUUCAAGAUGACAGAAGGGAAGAAGCUGAAGAUGAUGACGUGUCCCUGUCAGCCUGUUUGACCAGAGCCUGUGAUGAAAUCUCUGAACUUGUCCACUGUCUACACACCAGGCUUGACCCCAACAGUAGCCACAAGCCCAAGCUACCAGAGUUUCUAGCCUCUACAUUCAGGAACAUAAUCAUUGCCGUGUCUCGUCUACCAGUGAUUAACACGUAUGCCAGGACACCCCCAUUGGUGUGGAGGCUGGGGUGGUCACCCACCCCUGUGGGAGAGUUGCGCACAUGUUUACCUCCCCUGCCUGUUGAGUACCUGCAAGAGAAGGAUGUCCUAAAGGAGUUCGUCUCUAGGAUUAACUCCCUUGGCUGGGUGAACAGACAGCAGUUUGAAGAAAGUUGGAUGAGUCUGUUGGGUGUGCUUAACCCAGUCUCCCACACUGGACAUGAACUGUCACCUGAGGAGGAGGUGGAGCAGGCCCAGGGGAUGGUCAUCGCUGUCAAGGCCAUCACUGCCCUGCUGCUGCAGUCUUCACUGGUCCCACACGCUGGCAACCCUUCCAACAGCUUCUUUGAGAUCAGGCCCAGGGACAAACCUUUGGCUUUUCUACACACAAGGUGUGGCAAGAAACUUUCAGUCAUCAGAGGUCUUAUUGAGCAAGAGAUUGUCAAGUUGUGUGCUGUCAGACCAGACAGGCUGGUGCACCAGGCAUACAGUGGGACCCCUGCAGACAAGUCCAGCCCAAGCCUGUUUGAUGGCAACCUGGAGAGGGAGCUGGGGGUGGAGGACUUCAGCCUGGGGCAGAUCUCCAUAGAGUCCACCUGGUCACUGGUGGGCAGUCUAGACACCAACCUGUCCAACUCAGACACCACAGAUUCCCUGGACAGUCCUGGAGGUCAGCCUGACACCGCCGCCACCACACCAUCCUCAGCCUCCACGUCCAGCGGUGGCCGCAUCACCUCAUCACGCUCCGUCCACCACUGCGGACUGGACAUCCACUCCUGCCUGCAGUUCCUGCUGGAGCUGUACGCAGCCUGGCUGCACAUUGACAACAGCCCCAAACCUCCCCUCAUGUUACUCAACUCUGUUGUCAAGUCUAUGGUCUGCCUGUCUGACCUGUUUAUGGAGAGGGAACAGUUUGAGUUCAUGCAGGACAUCCUUCUGGACCUGCUCAAGGGUCACCCAGUGGAGGACGAGCUCAUCACCCAGUACCUGAUUGUGGGCAUGUGUAAGGCCACGGCUGUUGUUGGCACUGAGGCUUUGAUCAGUGAGAGGAUCGUCAAGUUGAUUGAGACUGGUCUCAAGAGCACCCACAUGCCCACCAAGAUCUCAUCUCUUCACGGCGCCCUCUACCUACUGGAGGGGGGCAACACUGACCUCAACACUAGCCUGCUGCCCAUUCUUACGGACUGCCUGGCCAAACAUUUGGCUGUGGUUAUAUCACAAGCAUGUAUCAUCAGUCAACAGUUUGUCAUCACCAUGUGGACCGUAGCCUUCUACAUCAUUGAGAACUUCAGCAGCCAGAUCAAGGACUUGGAGUUUGUCUCCAAAAUACUGCAGCUGGUUGUACAGACCGCCUCAGGGAACGAGGAGAACGUCUCAACUGCCGUGUUCCUGACUGUGAUGAAGGGAACUGAGAGACUGCUGCUGACUGAUGUACUGGCCCAGGCUGAUACAGAAGUCAUCAUCAAGCUCAGCAUGGACAGGCUGUGUUUACCUAAUCCACAGAGGGCGCUGGCUGCCCUGGGUUUAAUGUUUACUUGUAUGUAUUCAGGUAAAUCAACUGACCAGUACAGCCCGAGGCCAAGAGAAGAGCUAGCAUUUAGUGACAACGGGUUUCAGCUGCUUCACCAAGACCCAGACUCUCUUAUUCUAGCCAUGGAGAGGGUCACUGUGCUGUUUGAUAGAAUAAAGAAAGGUUACCCGUACGAAGCACGAGUGAUAACAAGAUUGUUACCAGCUUUUUUGGCUGACUUUUUCCCAGCUCAGGACAUCAUGAACAAAGUGAUUGGGGAAUUUUUGUCUGCACAUCAGCCAUACCCAUACCUCAUAGCCAAGGUUGUCUUUCAGGUGUUCACCAACCUCCACCAACAACAGCAGCAGGGGCUGGUCAAGGAGUGGGUCAUGCUCAGCUUGUCCAACUUCACCCAGAGGUCACCACUGGCCAUGGCGAUGUGGAGUCUGACACUGUUCUUCAUCAGCGCUUCCACCAAUGUCUGGCUCAGGGCCCUCUUCCCUCACAUCCUGGGACGUAUGGGCUACAUGGAGCCUGUAGACUGCCACUUCUUCUGUCUGUGUGCUCUAGACUUCUACAGACAGCUGGCUGACGAGGCACACAGGAAAGCUUUUGUCGCCACCUUUAGCGCCAUCGCAGUGCCAGACAGCCCGUAUGCAGAUCUCAUGCAACUGAUUGCAUCUUAAUCAUUCCUGCAACUUGACGGGUGUCACUGACUCUACUCACUGGACUCUCAUGGCAAUCUUUGUUUCAGCUUUGUUUUCAUGGGCACCAGUCAGGGAUCAAAGGUCAUGUGCACCAGUCAGAGGUCAUGGGCACCAGUCAGGGGUCAGAGGUCAUGCACUGGUACACACAAUUUGAGCUGGUUCUCUACUGGCCUAGAGACUUUAAUGACAUGUGUAAACAUCACAACUUCUCAGUUGUAGACAGUCUGGGCAGUGGAGUCAUCAAUGUCUGGCCAACAGCGCUGACCUAUAUUUGACCAGAUAACUACUUACAAUGUACAUAAACUUGACCAUUGUUCAUGCUCUAAGGUCUGGGUGACAGCAAAUGUGGUUAAAAAGUUUGUUUUAUUUUAAACCAGGUGACAAGAUAAAAGUUGUUUUAUUUGAAAGCAGUCAAAAGGAUAAAAGUUGUUUGAUUUGAAAGCAGUCAAAAGGAUAAAAGUCGUUUUUUUUUUAAAGCAGUCAGUAGGAUAAAAGUUUGAAAAAAUAAAUGUUGUGUUGUAAGUUAAAAGAAGUGUGUGAUUCAGUCUUGUUACUUAACAAAUACAGUGUCACAUUAUUCAUGUGAAAUGUCCUUGCCCGUCUCAUUGUAACUAACUUAAUGAAAACAAAACUACCUUCCUGUUCAUUUGAUGCCAACUGUGCUAAGCUCAUUGUCUUAGCUACAAGAUGAGGCAUCCACAAGUCAUUGUCAUAGCUAAACUGUAUGACAGCAUUUGAGUUUUAUAGCUACAAUAUGUGUACAAGUCAUUGUCAUAGCUAUAAGUUUACAAUUUUUGUUCAUUAUCAUGUGUAGAAGAUUUACUUUCUCCUACACAAAAUGUUGACUAGUUUGAAUCAAUGUGCUUGGUAAUUAUUCUCUAAUGAAAUCAAGUGAAAGCUCUGAUUGUAGAUGGGUAACUCUGGAGGGAUUGAUGGAAUUUUCUGCAUGACGUCCCUUGGUUUACACCCAUUGCUGGGUGCUGUAUCACUCAUCCUGGUCACCACCAUUCAAGUCAUCAUUUCAUGUUUUUUAUUCUAAGAUUUUCUUCAAACUUUAGCAUAUUCCUCAGUUUUUAUACAUUGUUCAUAUUAUGCUAAAGAUCAUUUGAUGUUAGCAUUUUUUUCAUGGAUGACAUUCCAUUUCAUGUGUACAUUUGAAAAACCUCAACAUAAUUUAAUUAACUGGAUCUAGAUUUCAAAUAGGCAUUUGUUUGAUUUGGUACAGUUAGCAAGUAGAAAAUUGUUUGAAUUUAUGUAGAUAGCUAAUGGCUAAUUGUUUGACCUGCGAGAAUAGGUGAAAAACAUUCCUAUGGACAUGCAAGGAAAUUUUCUUGUUCAUGAAGUGUUCCUGAACUAAUCUAGACAUUGUUAAUGAAUUACUAAUCCAGACAGUUCCUGAACUAAUCAAGACAUAGUUCAUGAACUAAUUUUUUUGGGUAACAACAAAUGUCCUACAGAUAUGAUUUAUUUUGACCCGAUCUGUUUUAAGAUGGAUGUGAGAUGUGAUUAACUGAUUGGAUCUUGUCAUCUUGUAUGUCAUGUAUGAUGGAGGACUUAUUGUAUGAUGGUGGACUUGUUGUAUGAUGGAGGACUUGAUGGCCGAUCAAUACACUCCCAUGGGGAGUGUGUUGACUGCUUCACUACUUUGCAAACAAAAUUUUUGUCAUUUUUUUAACCUGACUUUUGUAAGCAGCUGAAUCUACUUGUAAUCAGGAGAUUUUUUCUUUUAGUUGGUAUGCCAGGUUGGACGGUGUUGUAUUGGUGGCCCAGUUGGAUGGUGUUGUGUUGGUAGCCUGGUUGGAUGGUGUUGUGUUGGUUGGAUGGUGUUGUAUUGGUUGGAUGGUGUUGUAUUGGUGGCCCAGUUGGAUGGUGUUGUGUUGGUAGCCUGGUUGGAUGGUGUUGUGUUGGUUGGAUGGUGUUGUAUUGGUGGCCCAGUUGGAUGGUGUUGUGUUAGUGGCCAAGUUGAAUGGUGGCAUGACUUUUUAGUGGCCAGGUGUUUUCUGGACAGCUCACCCCAUGGCCAGACAUAAGGUGAACUAUCCAUCUAGUGGCCAACUGUUUAUUUGAUGGCCCAAUUGCGGGCUGUUGAUUGAUGUUGCAUGACGUGAUUGUUGCCAGAUUUUUUAACGUAAUCAUCUCUUAGAAGAUGAGCAACAAGCUGACAUAAAAAAAAAUUAUGUCAAAAAUAGAUGUUUUUGUCUCCAAAUGAGCUGAAUUCAUUGACAGGCAGAGUUG